AGUCCUUGGACGCGCUCUCUUGCUGUAGGUUACGCCAUUACAAUCGGCACGUACAGCCAAAAUGCAGAGUUGGAACCGGGUAUAUCGCACUCUAGCAAAGCGGGGUCGUCAAGUGCCGUGCAAACUCCACGGAGCUGCGACGUUAUCUGCGCGGACAUAUGCUGACAAAGCGCAAAUCGACGCUGAUGUCACAGUGGUGGGAUCAGGGCCCGGGGGCUAUGUUGCUGCCAUCAAAGCGGCUCAGCUUGGAUUCAAGACAGUAUGUGUGGAAAAGAAUGACACUCUGGGAGGAACGUGUUUGAAUGUUGGCUGUAUUCCUUCAAAGGCUUUGCUGAACAACUCUUACCUCUAUCACUUGGCACAUGGGAAGGACUUUGAGAACAGAGGCAUUGAGAUCUCAGGAAUCACGCUGAACCUCGAGAAGAUGAUGUCACAGAAGAGUGGGGCGGUCAAGGCGUUGACAGGCGGCAUUGCACACUUAUUCAAACAGAACAAGGUGACACAUGUGAAUGGCUUCGGGAAGAUUACAGGUAAGAACGAGGUCACGGCAACAGCGAGCGAUGGCAGUCUGCAGGUCAUCAACACCAAGAACAUCCUGAUUGCUACGGGGUCAGAGGUCACGCCCUUCACAGGGAUUGAGAUUGAUGAAGACAGUGUGGUCUCCUCCACUGGGGCACUGUCCUUGAAGAAGGUUCCGGAACAGCUCAUUGUUAUUGGUGCUGGUGUCAUUGGUGUGGAGCUGGGCUCAGUGUGGCAGCGUCUGGGCUCCAAGGUGACGGCAGUGGAAUUCCUGGGUCACGUGGGCGGGAUGGGCAUCGACAUGGAGAUCUCCAAGAACUUCCAGCGCAUCCUACAGAAGCAGGGCAUGAAGUUCAAGCUGGGCACCAAGGUCUUGGGCGCCACCAGGAGGCCGGAUGGGAAAAUCGAUGUGGCUGUGGAGGCAGCAGCCGGAGGAAAGAACGAAACUCUCCUCUGUGACGUGCUGCUGGUCUGCAUCGGCCGACGCCCCUUCACCAAGAACCUGGGCCUGGAGUCCGUUGGCAUUGAGCUCGACAACCGGGGCAGAAUCCCCAUCAACAACCGCUUCCAGACCAAAGUGCCCAACAUCUACGCCAUUGGGGACGUGGUGGCAGGGCCCAUGCUGGCCCACAAGGCCGAGGACGAGGGCAUCAUCUGCGUGGAGGGCAUGGCGGGCGGCGCCGUCCACAUCGACUACAACUGCGUCCCCUCCGUCAUCUACACCCACCCCGAGGUGGCCUGGGUGGGCAAGAACGAGGAGCAGCUGAAGGAGGAGGGUGUACCGUACAAAGUUGGCAAGUUCCCAUUCGCUGCCAACAGCCGAGCAAAGACCAACGCAGACACUGAUGGGAUGGUGAAGAUCCUGAGUCACAAGGAGACCGACAGGAUGCUGGGAGCUCACAUCCUGGGAUCCAGUGCCGGAGAGAUGAUCAAUGAGGCGGCCCUAGCCAUGGAGUACGGAGCGUCGUGUGAGGAUGUAGCUCGCGUGUGCCACGCCCAUCCUACCGUGUCGGAAGCAUUCCGGGAAGCCAAUCUAGCAGCCUCGUUUGGAAAAGCGAUUAAUUUUUAAAACAUAAUGAAUCGGUGUACAUAAACUGUCAGCUACAUCCUGAAAUCUGUACAUGAGCUGUACUUGCGCACAUUCUGGGUGUACGUGCCCUGGGGGUGGAUGGGGCAGGUACACACAACCCCGCUACCCUGUACCGAAGCUAGUAUGUUAUUUAAGUAUUCUCAAUAAAAGGGGUUUUUGGCUGUGAAACUCAGACUAACUGAGAAUCAGUGUCCAUGUACAAUAUGAGACAGAAUGCAUCAACAGUGGCUUUUUAGUUUAUUUUACCUUCUUAUCCAUUAACACCUAGAUGCAGUAUCUUAAAUCCAGGAAUUCAUGGGGUACCCUUAUGUUCAUACUUUCACUGUUGUAAGAGAUUGAUUUAUGAUGAUCAAAUCCAAGUCUGUAUGUUUCUCUGACACGAGAGCACUUAAGAUCUGGUGAGGUAAGUCAAGGACACAUCUUUGAAGAUUGGAACAGGUGGUCUGAAGGAAAGGAGGU